GUACAAUCCCGCGAGCCCGCAGCGCACCCUGCAAGCCUCCAUUCCCAUGAAGCUGUUGGCUGACCACUUCGAGGACUGGCAUGACAUCCUGGAGGUGUCGGUGAACGAUGGGGGCAUCCCCGUAAGCCUGUCCUACCGUGUGAAGCACACGCUGGGGCUUAUGCCCUUUGAUCACACGCAGGUGCAUCUCUCAGAGCCCUCGCGGCUGGAAGGCGCCCGGGUGCAGCCGCCGGUGAAGGAUGCGGAUGGCAACAUCAAGCAGGGCCAGGAGCCACAACAGCAGUCCUUCCUGCGGAAGUACUGGUGGGUCAUUGCCAUCGCAGUGCUCCUUAUGUCCAGCAUGGGCGAUGAUGGCAAGGGACAGGGUGGAGGCAGACCAGGCGGCGGCGGCGGUGGCGGCGGUGGCGGCGGCGGCGGAGGCGGCGGCGGCGGUCGCCGGGCCUGACAUGGCCAGAGACAGAUGUGCAAUUCGCGCGGUC